CUCCAAAUCAUCUAAAACGCACCCCACAAUAACAAACUCACAGAAAACAAAAUAUGAAACUCGCCGUCACCGUCGCGGUCGUACUCCUCGCCGCCACCGUCGCCGUCGUCACUUCCUGCACGCCGGCAGACCGGGACGCGUUACUAGCAUUCAAAUCCGGUCUAACCGAACCGUAUUUGGGCAUACUUAACACGUGGACCGGAACCGACUGCUGCACUAACUGGUACGGAGUCAGCUGCGACCCAACUGACAAUCGUGUCAAUGACAUCGUCCUACGUGGCGAGUCAGAAGAUAAAAUCUUUACACAAACCGGCCGGUCCGGCUACAUGACCGGUUCACUCUCCCCUUCACUCUGUUCACUAGACCGCCUCACAACACUCAUCGUCGCCGACUGGAAAGCAAUCUCCGGCGAGAUUCCGCCAUGUAUCACCACCCUACCUCACCUCCGCAUCCUAGACCUCGUCGGAAACCAGAUCACCGGCGCAAUACCUUCCGAUAUCGGAAACUUACAAAAGCUCACCGUUCUAAACAUCGCCGAUAACAAACUCACGGGAUCUAUUCCUCCGUCGAUCGUAAACCUCAACCGGUUAAUGCAUCUAGACCUAAGCAACAACCAGAUCUCCGGCGAGCUUCCGUCAGAUCUCGGAAAACUAUCAAUGAUGAGCAGAUGUUUACUAAACCAGAAUCAACUCACCGGAUCUAUUCCGACAUCAAUCGCCGGAAUCUACCGGUUAGCAGAUCUAGAUCUCUCGAUGAACAAAAUCUCCGGUUCAAUUCCGCAACAAAUCGGUUCAAUGCCGGUGUUAUCUACACUCAACCUAGACAGUAACCAACUUACCGGCGAACUUCCGGUGAAUCUGUUGAGCAACUCCGGUUUGAAUAUCGUGAAUUUGAGCCGGAACGGUUUGGACGGUAACUUACCGGAUGUUUUUACUCCGAGAACGUAUUUUUCGGUGCUGGAUUUAUCGUUUAAUAAGUUGAAAGGUGCGAUUCCGAAAUCGUUAUCGUCGGCGAGGUAUGUCGGACAUUUGGAUAUGAGUAACAACCACCUGUGCGGUGUGAUUCCGGCAGGUUUUCCGUUCGAUCACCUUGAAGCGUCGUCGUUUACUAAUAAUGAUUGUUUGUGUGGGUCGCCGUUGAUGCGAGUUUGUUAGGGGACGACGUCGUAUAGUGGUUGUGACGGUUGAUUAUUGUUAUGGUGGUACGUAACGGUAACGGUGCGCUAAAUUGCGCGCUUUAUUUUAUAUUUUGUUUUUUGGUUUAAUAAAUUAAAGAAAAAUAUUUAUUCGAGUGUGGAGGUUUGUUGAUAUGUGUCGGGAUGCACGUGAUAAUUACCCUUUGUUGAAUACUUAAAAUUAAAAUGAGCAUCUCAUGAUGUAACUAAUUAUUCGUUGUUUACAAGAUUAUGUUAUUAUUAUUCAGUUGGCAUU